CCAAGGCCCACCCGACAAAAGAAAACAACAGCAAAAGCAGCAAGACACUUGCUUCUGCAUCAAUGCAUUUUUGUGCGCGAUAAUAUACAAAAUACAAAAUACAAAAUACGAAAUACAAACCCAGAUUCAGCCAUGAAGGUCUUUAUUCCCACCUUCGUCUCCGCAUUGCUGCUGGCAUUGUCCGGUUUCAGCUCCAACUCUGUCUGCGCCAGCCCUGAAGACGCGCACAGCCGCGUGCCCGUGUACUACGCCAAGCCGUAUCUCACUGCUGCCACCACAAUGUUCGGCGCGCUGAUCGAGGGCGCAGCCGUGGACAAGAGCGGCAACUUUUACGCAAUACACUUUAACAGCACCAAGUCUGCUGCGGGCAGAGCAUUCGACAAGCAGUCGCUAUUCUACCUGGACAAGGCCUACAAGGGCGCCUGGUUUAAUGGCAUGCGCUUCAACAUUGGCCGAGACGGCGUCCAGGAGGCCUACUUGGGGGAUUUGACCAACCACCGCAUUGUGCGUGUGCGGGACCCAGGCAACAAGGGCUCGUUUGGAUACUCAGAAACGUUCUGCCAGAGCCCUGCAAACUCCGUGGUGGGCGACGGCGAUCUGUGGACGUGUGAUUCUAAUGGCGUGGCCACCAAGCUCGGCACCUUCCACCGCACCAACGGCAUCGAGGUCAGCCCCGACGAAAAAACUCUGUAUGUCUCCGAGUCAAUCAACAAGGGUGACAAGGUGGUUUCCAACGUCAUCCACGCAUUCGAUCUUGACGCUGACAAGGGAACCAUCAGAAACAAGCGCAAGCUGGUCGAUUUUGGGCAGCUCGACGGCUCUGGUGCCAACGAUGUGGACGGCAUGCGCACCGACGAGCAAGGUAAUCUGUAUGUGGCCCGCUGGGGCGCUGGCAGAAUUGCCAAGGUGUCGCCGGCAGGAAGGCUCCUGGCCUACAUCAAGUUGCCGAGCAUAGCCGAGGUCACCAACCUGGAGCUCGCCGGACCCAAUGGCAAAGAUCUGUUUGCCGUUGGUGCAUGCAAGGCUGACCCAAGCAAAGGCUGUGUCGACACGUACUCGGUGCCUGUCGGCGGCCGCGCCUUCAAAAACCUACAAACGAAGGGCUAGCAAGUGUCUUUAUUUAUGGUCUUAGUCCUACUCGACCGUGCCGCUUUGGCGUGCAGCAAAAUGCAUUCAAGCUAUCGAGAAAUAUAAUUUAAACACGACGAAAA